GCAGCAGGUAAAGGGCGUGGCUAAUCAUAUCUGCGGCAGUUAACUGAGAACACCAGGAUUAAAGGACGCUGCUGGCGGCGUCCGGAUUAAUCUAAAAAGACGAAAACAAAAUGGUGGAACAAACGAGACAGCUGAGUCGUGUGGUCACCCUCCAGGCUGGACCUGGUGAGGCAGGGACCAGUUCUGCAUUUGACGUGAACUUCAGGAUCAAUGACAGGGCUGCACGAGUCGUUGGCCACCAGUUGGCUGUAAUUGGAGACCAGCUGGUCCGGGAGCAGGCUAGCAGACACCCAAACUGGCCACUAGCUCCUCUCCACCUGCUGAGACCUGCUCAGGCACUCACCAGGACCAUCUAUCGGGAUAUCCACAGUCAGAUAUUGGGCUUCCAGAGUCUGUCUGCAGCUGUGAAGGCCUGGAUAGAGAGCAGUGUGCCUGGGCAGGGGAUGCUCAGAGCAGAUGCCUGGGUCUCCAGUUUGAAACCAGUAACCUGCACUGGCUGGACCAGAGGAGCACUGGUGGCAGUGGCAGUGGUGGCAGCAGUGACCACAUUGGGUGCACUAUGGGUGGAAUGGAAAGGGCCAUGAGGGGGUCUUUUUGGGACAAAUUUUACUAACUACAAUGUUUGCAACUAAGUAAUGAUUUCUAAAUGAUUUAUUCCUGCUGUUUACUUUGACUUCUCUUUUUUUUGUAUGGCUAUCUUUAUAAGCGGUAUUGAAUUUGACUGGGAACAGGAGUAAAAUAAAAGAUCAUCUCAAAUUGUGACGUUGAAAAUUGGUUCGACAGUGUUGCCUGAGGAGUUGGCCAGCUUAUUGUAGCAGUGACAUGUUGGCUCACAGUUGUAUUAAUGUUUAAAGAGACUAUUUCUUAUGACCAGACUGUUGCUGGUUUGCAGUCUUUUGUAUGCAGAUGAGUUUCUUACUGGUUUAAGAGGCAACAUUUUUAUACAAAUGAUAUGUAGGCUGGCUCAAAAACAAAAAAAGGGAGCUGGUCUUUCUGUUUUCAGAUUUGAAAAUGCCUUUUCAUGUGAUGCAAAUAAACCUUUUAAUGAAGAAA